CAGGAUUAAAAUAUAAAUUUUAAUUAUUAUGACUUUUAUUUUACAGAAUUUCUGUACAUAUAUUAUAAAAAGUGAUUCCGAGUCAAUGGAUUUUCAAAGCACAAAUCCGUUAAAUACUUGGUUAAACCUGCUUUCGGGGAAUCUAUUACCGAUAACCGAAAAUUCGUCAUUUCCACUAUUCUGGAAAAUACACAGCGCUUUUGUGUGGUUGCUCGAAUUGAUUUAUAUUGUUACGUUUGUUCCUGCCUACUUUUUAGUACCGAAAGAUAUGAGCGAUGGUUUAAAUGGCUCAGUCAUUAUAGAUGCGAGCGAUAUGCUACUCGAAUACUUUCAAAUAUUUGCGCAAAUCACACUAGUAAAAGAAUUGAUACGAAAAUUGAAUAAGGCUCUGAGCAUUGAAGAUGAGAAUAUGAGACAUAUCGUAAUAAUGAAUCUAAAGCCAUUAAAAUUCCAUUCACGAUUUACUUGGUAA